UUCAGGAGGAGCAGGAUCUACUGCUUGUUUACCACAUUGAGGUUUUUUUAUUGAAUAAUACAAAGAGCAAACAUAACUGUAUUGUUAUGAAUAUUUUCCACAAUCCUUGGGCAUAUCCUAGCCUAACGCUGAAUGUGAAUUCCAUGUGGUUGACUUGAAUGCUACUCACUGGACCAAAAAGUGGGACCUGUGUUCUGCUGUUGAAGCAAAUGUCAUCACGUAUUUUCCUGCAGACUGAUCAUGUUCCUUCUUCUGCUGGUCUCAGGCCUCUGCACCCUCUUAUUUGCCCUUCCCCAUCCAUAUCAUUUUGUGAAUGAGCCAAUGACUUGGACUGAGGCUCAAACACACUGCCAAACGUACUACAUAGACCUGGCCACUGUUUAUGAUGUGGACGACAUGGGCAGUCUUAUGCAGUCAGUGGACGGAAGCUAUAAUGACUCCGCUUGGAUCGGCCUCUAUGAUGACACCCUAAAAAGCUGGAGGUGGUCUUUGGAAAAUGAAAGCUACUACAAAGAGGGGGAGAGAUACUUUAGGCAAUGGUGGGAUAAACCUGAUAACUAUGGUGGCAAUGAGCUGUGUGCUGUGAUGGUAUUUGACAAUAAAUGGCAUGAUGCUCCAUGUGAUUAUACCUUUCCUGUCAUCUGCUAUGAUGGAAGAGAAAACAUCAAUGAGACAUAUGUUCUGAUCCCACAGUUCAUGAACUGGACUUUUGGCCAGCAGUAUUGCAGAGAGCACCACACAGAUUUGGUCAGCAUCCGAAACAAGGCAGAGUACCAAAACAUCAUUGAUUUGUUGGAUUCAGGCAUCGCCUGGCUGGGCCUGCACAGAACUAGAAGCUGGUCGGACCAGACUAACUCCACCUUUAGGAACUGGAGAGAAGGAGAGCCGGAUAACGGGCGGCAGACCGUGGAGGAGGGGCAUCAGCACUGCACGGCUGUAUCUUUCAAUGCCUCUGGGAAAUGGACAGACGAAAAUUGCACCAGAUCUCUUCCUUUCAUCUGUUAUGGAGAUCCAGUCAUCUUUAAUAAAACCACCAAGAUACCAACUCCAGUGUCUAUCACCACCACAGCUAGCACAACUGUCUUUGGACCUCGGGGUUCUACUGGAGUAAUGCCUAAUUUUGGUCAUGUGAUUGGACUGAGUGCAACACUUAUCUCAGAGAGGGAGCUGACACAGUCUGAAAUUGAACAACUGGCCAUUGAACAGUUUGGGGAGAGGUUCAGAAGACUGGGGCUUUCAAGUAACAUCACACUGCAAUACAUUCAGGGAAUACAUCCCUGAAAGAUGAUGAGAGAGAGAGAGAGAAAUCCCAGACUAUCAUCAUCCAUAUCCAAAUAUCAAACAGAUAUUGAUGGCAGUAUGUAAAAUAUUCCUUUGGUAUCACUUAAUCAAUAAAAAAAAAAAUAAUGACGUAGACAUUGUUGAUGUAUGUGUAUGGACAAUGAUAUCACCAUGAUUAAACAAUGCAACUUAUUCAUCAAAUAAAGGCUUGUGAAUUGUGGAUGCUGUUGUGCAGCACAUUUUAUUUUAUGGUACAACAUUUAAAAACUUGAGACUUUCUAAUCAGGAGACAGCACUCAACCUCCCUUACGUAUUCCUUCCCAUUCACUUGAAUAGGAAAAUAGCUG